AUGAACUUGGCUAGUCAGAGCGGGGAGGCCGGCUGUAGCCAGCUCCUCUUUGCCAACUUUAACCAGGACAACACGUCUUUAGCCGUUGGAACCAAAUCACUACAAGUUCUUCUCCUCUACUCGUCUGUGGACAAGUUGGAGCAGAUUUAUGAAUGUACGGACACGGAGGAUGUGUGUAUUGUAGAGCGUCUGUUCAGCAGUAGUCUGGUGGCCAUCGUCAGUCUGAAGGCUCCCAGGAAGCUGAAGGUCUGUCACUUCAAGAAGGGAACAGAGAUCUGCAACUACAGUUACAGCAACACGAUACUGGCUGUCAAGCUCAACAGACAGAGGCUGAUAGUAUGUCUGGAGGAGUCUCUUUACGUCCACAACAUCAGAGACAUGAAGGUCCUGCACACCAUCAGAGAGACGCCUCCCAACCCCUCAGGGUUGUGUGCACUCUCCAUCAGUAAUGACAACUGUUACCUGGCCUACCCCGGCAGCGCUACCAUAGGAGAGGUCCAGGUGUUCGACACGGUCAACCUGAGGGCCGCCAACAUGAUCCCAGCCCAUGACAGUCCGUUAGCAGCUCUGGUGUUUGAUGCUAGCGGAACCAAACUGGCCACAGCCUCGGAGAAGGGUACGGUGAUUCGUGUGUUCUCCAUCCCUGAGGGACAGAAACUGUUUGAGUUCCGUCGAGGAGUCAAAAGGUGUGUGUCGAUCUGUUCCUUGGCCUUCAGUAUGGAAGGUCUCUACCUGUCAGCAUCCAGCAACACUGAGACGGUCCACAUCUUCAAACUGGAGAUUCAGAAAGAGAAGUAAGUCCCAGCGGAGGAGCCGACUACGUGGAGUUACUUUGGGAAGGUGCUGAUGGCAUCCACCACCCUACCCUCCCUCUCAGAGAUGUUCACUCAGACGAGCCUUCACACCGUACGACUGCCCUUCUCUGGACACAAGAACAUCUGCGCUCUGGCCCACUGUUACUGUGAGGAGGCAGGUGCAGUGGGAGGGGCGGGACUAGAGGAUGACCUCAGUGAUCUACGAUUGGACGAUGAGAAUGAGGAGCAGCCACCACUCAUCCUGGAGACAGACUGA